AUGGCCCAGAAGGAGAGCGCCCACCCCUGGCCCUACGGCCAGCAGACGACUCAACCUGGCCUGAACACCCUGCCCCAGAGAGUCCUCUGGAAGGACCCUGCCACCCCAUCUGCGCUUGUCCUCAUGAGCCGCUCCAACGCCCAGCCCACAGCUGCCCCUGGCCAGAAGGUGGUGGAGAACAGCAGCGGGACACCCAACUUCUCAACGUGCUCCUUCACCACGGACGACUUUGAGAUCGGGCUUCCUCUGGGCAAAGGCAAGUUUGGAAAUGUGUACUUGGCUUGGGAGAAGAAAAACCAUUUCAUUGUAGCUCUCAAGGUCCUCUUCAAGUCAGAAAAGGAGGGCGUGGAGCACUAACUGCGCAGGGAGAUUGAAAUCCAGGCCCACCUGCAGCAUCCCAACAUCCUGCGCCUCUACAACUAUUUCUAUGACCGGCAAAGGAUCUCCUUGAUUCUGGAGUACGCCCCCCACGGGGAGCUCUACAAGGAACUGCAGAAGAGCCGCACUUUUGACGAGCAGCGAACAGCCACGAUCAUGGAAGAACUGGCAGAUGCUCUGAUGUACUGCCACGGGAAGAAGGUGAUUCACAGAGACAUAAAGCCGGAGAAUCUGCUCUUGGGGCUCCAGGGAGAGCUGAAGAUCACUGACUUUGGCUGGUCUGUGCAUGCCCCCUCCCUGAGGAGAAAGACGAUGUGUGGUACCUUGGACUACCUGCCCCCAGAAAUGACUGAAGGGCGCACGCACAACGAGAAGGUGGAUCUGUGGUGCAUCGCAGUCCUCUGCUAUGAGCUGCUGGUGGGAAACCCGCCCUUCGAGAGCGUUUCCCACAAUGAGACAUAUCGGCGCAUCGUCAAGGUAGACCUGAAGUUCCCCGCCUCUGUGCCCAUGGGAGCCCAGAACCUCAUCUCCAAGCUGCUCAAGCAUAACCCCUCAGAAAGGCUGCCCCUGGCCCAGGUCUCUGCGCACCCUUGGGUCCGGGCCCACUCCUGGAGGGUGCUGCCUCCCUCCGCCCUUCAGUCUGCCCCCUGA